ACCUUAUAAAUAAUGUUGAGCUAUCAUUGUGUGUUAGGAUUGAGUGAAAUGGGAUUAUAGGCGUCCGUGCCUAACCUGAUACAGUAUUGAUUCAUUUUGCUGGAGCUAGUGCAGACUCGGGCCCGUUUGUGAAAGAGAGCAGGCAGUCCAAGGUCUGCAUCGCUGGGGUCUUCAGGACACACCAUUCCUUGUUGUAAGUGGCGUAUUUUGGCCGUUAGAAUGGAGGGUAGAACAGGAUUCCUGGCUCUGGUUGUACUAGUACUAGUAGUGUUGGCCUCGGCGUGGAUGCCCACUGCAUCCGCACGCUACAAUCGAACCGUCACCUAUACCGGUCAGAAGGUCUUGGCUUGCCGCGUGAACAGCACGGAGGAGGUGCGCCAGCUGCUGCUCGAUCCCGACCUGGAUGUGUGGCGGCGCUCCGCCGAUGGCAGACUGUUGGAGGUCAGGACACUGACUGCGCAGGCGGGCGUAGCGCUGAGCUCAAACAAGGACUGCCAGGAGACGAUCAGUGAUGUGAAUGCCUGGCUAGAACCGCUAGAGGCCAGCCUUCGCGGCCGGCGUCUGGGCAGCAGCGCUAUGCGACAGGAGUUCUUCGAAGACUAUCAUACCUAUGACGAGAUUAUCGGCUUCUAUACCAGUCUGGCUGCAGAGUAUCCGAGUCUUGUCACCAUGGAACCUAGCAUUGGUGAGUCCAUUGAGCUGCGCCCCAUGCCCGCAGUGCGCAUUACCGCGGCGGCAAAUCCCCAGAACGUGCCCCGGUUUCUCAUGACGUGUCAGAUCCAUGCCCGGGAGUGGGUCAGCAGCUCCACGUGCGCUUUCAUGGCCGAUCAGCUCGUGCGCAAUUAUGAGCAGGAUAGUCGAGUGCGCGCGUUGCUCGAGGCGUCCGAGGUGAUCUUCAUCCCGUUCGUUAACCCCGACGGCUACGCGUACACCUGGUCAAACGAUCGGCUGUGGCGCAAGAACAGACGCGUCAACACCAACAGUGCAUGCCGCGGCGUGGACCUAAACCGUAACUUCAACAUCCGCUGGGCUGAGCCCGGCGGCGGCAGCUCCGGGAACCCUUGCUCAGAGACCUACCACGGCACGGCGGCGGAAUCAGAACCUGAACUCUUGCACUUGGCGAACUUUUUCCGCGCUAACCCGAGAAUCGUUGGCGGCAUUGACUAUCACUCAUACUCACAACUGAUCCUGCGCCCCUGGGGAUUCACACUGGAUCCGCCACCGCACGAGCAGCAGCUGAAGGCUGUGGGCGAUCAAAUGCAGGCCGUGAUCCGAUCGGUACACAACCAACGCUAUGUGUCCCAGCCCGGAAUGGACCUCUACCCGACUGUGGGGACAAGCAGCGACUGGUAUUUCUCCGACGAUGCCAGCCAGAGCAAUGGUGGUUAUCGCUGCGCUGGUUACACCAUCGAGCUGCGCGACACCGGACGCUACGGCUUCAUUCUGCCGGCAAGCCAAAUCAUACCAACAGGCCAGGAGAACUACGAAGGCCUGCUCUACUUCAUGGCCGAGUUCUUGGAGAACCCUUUGCCAUUCCCACUCCCCACUCCUAACUCUACUAUUGUUGCCCAUGCAUGACUUCUAUUUGCACGACCUUAAUGAGCAACGGUUUCAUUCAAUAAACUUUUAAAUGGACUCGGAUGGAGAGCCAAGGAUGAAUUUAUACUUGAAGUAGAAAAGAAAAAGUGCCAAGGAACUACAAGCUACGCUAUAAUGUCCAGUUUACACGAAGAAAAGAGGACCAAGGAGCUACAAGUUAUGCUAUAUUAUCCACUAAUACCACCAGUUACUGAACAAUCAGCUCAUGCGAUAACAUUGCACGACACUGACCGACGGUACUGACGUUCUACAGCUAACUGGCUAACAGCUCUAGCACAUCCUUGGCUCUCCACCCGAGUUUAAUAAUAGUAUUAAUUACUAGUGUACAUUGUAGCGUAGCUUGUAGUUCCUUGGUCCUUUUUCUUUUCUAUAACUUUUUAACCGUUGGUCUUAUUUUAAUGGUGACUAAAGACCGGUCGCCACCAGUAUUGUACUUGUGCUGAGUAUUGUAUUUUAUUAUUUUGCUUGGGCAUUCCCAACAGACCCUAAGGUCUUCUUACAGGGUGCCCAAACUAGUACUACUGAGCGCUCGUACUAUACCCCA